UAUAGCAUGCUUUGGAGGUUCUCAUUUAGCAGACGUUGACACCUGAUGAGUAGUCUGCCGAAAUGCAUAUUGUCUCUUUCUAACUGUAAAUACAGUUCCUUUGAAUUGUUUGACAAGAAGAAAUAAGUAAAGCUCAAGGAGUACUCGCGUCGCCCUAUCAAUUCAAGCUUGAAUGUAAGUAAAUGAAACGUCAAAGAGAGAUGUUGGGUCGAAGCACAUUGGUUGUGCAAUUUUUGAUUUGUUUACAUGUGACUUGUACAGCAAUCAUUGUGCAAGAGAAAGCACACCAUGACGUGAGGUACAAUAUUGAGAAAUCAUAUCACAACGUUGUCGGCAAUGUGAAUAGAAAAAAUCUUGAAAAAUUCAAAGAAGACAAGCAUAUCGCGAAUUUAAAAAAGUUUCGCGAUCAAAGCAGCAUUCGUAAAUCGCCAGCAAGACAUAUGACCAAUUUGCGUGACAACACAUUCAAGUACAACGACCUUUCAGAUAAACAAGUGGCAUACGGCGACUUCACUCAUCGUAUUUUUAAACGAAAUGCAAACCCCAACGUCAAUGUGACAAUCUCACCACCACCUCUACUACCACCUCUACCACCUCCUCCUCCAUUGCCUAUUUUCAACGUACCUCCGGUUUGUGAAAGAGACAAAUCCUGCUCAGGUCGAUGUACUGGAAAUAAAACUGACUGGAGAAGCAAUGACGGCCUUUCAUGUUACUGUGACGUAGCUUGUUAUGAAAUUUUUAAUGAUUGUUGUGCUGAUUAUGUCAAAUAUUGUGGAGAACAAAAAAACGUGGAAAUUCCUUUAAAAAAUUUUAACUGGACAUGUGAGUCGUUGGGUCAUUUUGAUGCAAGGGGACAGUGCCAAGUGGGUAAUGGUUUAUGGAUGAUAUCACGAUGUGCGCAUGACUGGCCAUACGACAUAAUCCGAAGCAAAUGCGAACAACCGGUCACAACUUUGAGGAAUGCUUCGGGCAUUGCUCGAUACCUACCGGCGAUUAAAUAUGAUUUGGUGUUUCGAAACCAUUUUUGCGCGCUAUGUAACAGAAUCAAGGGUGAUUUUGAAUAUUUUCCUUUAAAAAUCAAAACUAGCAUUCUACCACCUAAUCGAUAUAGUUUUGAAAAGAAAAUCAAUUUUUUAUUGAUGCACGGAGCCGAGUUCCCAAGGAGUGGACCACAAAAACCAAAAACUAACCAGACCAGACGAUACUGUUUAAAGAAAAUUGUGAACUCGUGUCAAAAUGACAAAAGGAAUGACACCACCACAAAAGUAACACCCCCACAAAAGUUUACAUUGAAUUUAGACUAUGGAAACAUUACGUCAAAAUUAACUUUACAUCGUUCAUGUUCCGGAUACGACGUAAGAUUAGAAGAAUGCGUUCAAUUAUUGCCAAUACCAACAGGAAACAAGGACUCUUUUCGUAUUUUAACAUGGUUAAGUCCAUCAGCGAACGACAGUUUCAAUAAAAAUGACUUCAAAGGUAUAAUGAAUCAGUAUUAUGGUAUUGAAAGCUCGCAGAUACAGAACAUCAGUAUACAAACAGUUCUAAGGGUAUUUGGAUUGCCUUCCUACUCAGGAACACCAAUAUUAUAUCAUUUAGUUCAUUCAACAAUUGUUUUAACUCCAGAACAGAGUUUUAAUAUAUACUAUAAUGCAUCUUCAAGUUCGAGAAAUCUUCAAGAAUUCAUAUAUUUUAAGCAAUCCAAUGCAAUAACAUGGAAUAACAUCACGUACACUAUAAUUAAGACUACAUCACGUCCGUUAUCUUGUGUUGGGAAAAAAAUUUACAAUCAACGCAGUUAUACAGUUAUUGACGACGAUAAAAUUCAAAUAAACUCGACUGGGAAAACUUAUGAGAGAUCACAGUACUACGGUGAUAUUGGAAAUGAUGUUGUGGUUUGCGAGGAGUACAUGGCAAACGGUUGUCAGCUGACCAAAGUUGGUCUCACCAAGAAUGACGUCACCAUAUACAAGAAUUUGGCUUUGAAAGUUAAGAACACUAGAAUGUUUUAUGAUCGCGGCAACUAUGAAGUUUCUAACGGCUUAAUUUCACUAUGCAAAACAAGAGAAUCUUUCACACCAACAUGUUCAACUCGAGUGUCAUGCAAAGGUCGCUGCGGUAACAAGACAGAAUGGCGAAACAUUGUCAGGAUGAGAUGCUCAUGUGAUCAAGAUUGUCAUAAAGUUUUCGGAGAUUGUUGUUCAGAUUACACAAAGUAUUGUGGAGCGCAAACAUCUGGAGAAACACCGAGGAAGACAUAUAACUACACAUGUUCUCACUUUGAGAAAGAUAAUUCAAAAUUUUGCUACGUCCCAUACGGAGUUUGGAUGGUCAGUGGAUGUUCAUAUGAAUGGCCUCGCGAUUCAACGCGAAGCAAGUGUGAGACACCAAUAGAACAGCUCCCACAAUCAUCAUUGGAUAUCUUAACAAAUAUCUUUGGUUAUCUUCCAGUGAUAUCCAAGGAUAAUACAACAUUUCGUAACAGGUAUUGUGCAAUUUGUAAUAAUGAGAUGGAGUACAAUUCUUGGCCACUUAAAUUUGAAUAUGCAGUAAUACCCCCGGAAACUUACAAUACAACCAAAAUCAUUCGCUUCCUGGAAAAAUACAACGCGCGGUUCGAUGACUUCGUGGGACCUAUACCAGCAACAGAUCAAGCUAGCCGAUACUGUUUGAGAAGCAUUAUCAAUAAAUGCCCACCAGGUAAAGAGGAUCCAUCGUGUGAUUAUGGAAAUGUUAAUUUAGUUUCAUUCGGCAGUGAUCUUUACACUAACACACGUUGUGCAGUGUGCAAUGGUUUAUUCAAAGAUAGGGUGGGCGUUCUUCGAUGUUUUCCAACUAAUAUUGUUGCAGUAUGCCCCAUGACAUUUCGACCUCGGUCGUUAUCCAUUGUAUUUGGACACACGCAAGGACAGAAUGAAGUUGUUCGUUCAGUCCUCAUAUACGAUGAAAGAUGUGAAAGAAAAGGAUUGGUCUAUGACGAUAAGUUACAUGACUGUCGUGUUAACUGGUUACCUUCACCAGAAGAAAAUGGAAGAGAAAUAUUUUUUGUCUUGUCUUGGCUACAACCAUCACAAAAUCAGUUUGAAAUAUCAUUUACAGCAAUGGAUUUUCAGAACUCGCUUUCUAAAUACUUAAACAUGACACGCGAACAAUUCUUCGACAUCAAUAUAAGGAAAGUUUCUGGUCGUCGAACAGUAAUAAUUCAGUUCUACAUUGUGGAAACAAAGAUCAUCUUAACACCACAACAAAGUUUGCAAUUUCUAUUCAACACGAUAAUUGCCACUGAGUUUGACAAACGAAUUCGUGAGUUUAUAUACUUUAGGGAAGAAUUUUCUCUUCAAAUCAAAAAUCUAAACUAUACCAUCAUCAAAACAACAUCCCGACCCCUUGCUUGUGUUGGAAAGGUAACAUACACUCCUGAAGAAUAUAUUUUACAGCAGAAUGAACGUGUUUUGAUACGAAGCACAAAUGAAACUUUUGAACAUUAUGAAUACUACCGAGAAAGGAAAGAAAAACUUAGUGCGAAACAAGGAAACAUCACAGUAUGUAAAAAAUAUGUUCCCACAAAAUGUAAUGGAACUGAAGUUAUCUAUUCACCACAAGAAUAUAACUUGAUGAAUAACCUUACUGUCUACGUAUUCAAGAUAUUUCGUACCUAUUACUAUGGAGAAUAUGAAAUUCUUUCAAACUAUUCUGUAAAAACUUGUCAAACGUUUGUGGUAAAGUUUGUCAAAAGAAUUCGUGAAGUGCACAACGAAGCCCUUGGAUAUAUCACAUUUGUCUUUUUUCUUAUCUCCAUAGUUUUCUUGACAUUUCUUCUCGUCACCUACAUCAUAUUCCCUGAACUACGUACUUUGCCAGGUAAAAACAUAAUGAACUUCGCCUUUACUUUGUUAUUGUUUGAAAUAUUCUGGCUCCCCACAAACUUUACCAAGGUAACUGACAACGAAAAUAUCUGUAAAGCAUUUGCAAUCAUCGAGCAUUAUUUUCUACUGGCGUCUUUCUUCAGCAUGGUUGUCAUUGCUCAUCAUACUCGAAAGGUGUUUGGAAAAAAACUACCUGCACCAAAAUUGUCGCCGGGACACAAACGAAAGCUGUUUUACGUGUAUUUGUGCUUAGUAUGGAUCAUUCCUGCCUUGUUUAUGGCAAUUUGUGUCGUCCUCGACAGCGAAGAAAUAAUAAAUUUGGGUUAUGGAGAGACGGAUAUUUGCUGGUUAACGGGAACAAAUUCCUACGUUUAUUUUGUAACGAUACCUGUGAUACUAAUGCUGAUGUUUAAUGUCGUGGAAUUUGUGAGAACCGCUAUACAAUUUCGUAAGCACGCCCAGAAUCAAGCAGGUCUAACUGCAAGUGGAAAACGAUCUUCAAAUCUCAGCAUUUACAUUCGUCUUUCAACCUUGAUGGGUUUUACAUGGUUAUUUGGUCUCCUGGGUCAAGUGGUGACGUCAACAUCUGUGUUUUACUAUCUUUUUGUUAUAUUUACAUCCUUAGGUUUUUUUGUAGCAUGGGCCUUUGUUUUGAACGCUAAAACUCUAAAUUUAUAUAGACAUCGUUUCAGAAACACGGAUAAAACUUCGCGCAGCAGUCGUAAUCCCACAAGGAAAUUGUUAUCCAAGUCUGACCACAAGGAAACAAAAAUGUAAAUAGUAUUCUCGUUGUUAUGCAUUUUUAUUAUGAUACUGAACUAAUAUUAUACGUUCACAGAAACGCUGAUAUUAUGUUAAUGUGUAUUUGUCUUGAUUGUAUUAAUGUUUGCAUAACAAUACAACAUUAGUUAAUCAUUUAUAUGAAAUAAUUGUUAAAUUGUCGUAGCACAUAUAAUUAUACUGUAUAGUCUUUGUUUAAA